CUAUUGUCAUUUAUGAGUGAGAAAUCCUUAGCGAAGAUUCUCCCGUGUCAUUUGUUGUUAUUAGAAUAAACAAUACGAGCUUAGGUGCCUUUUCAGCCUAAUGAAGUCAGCAGCUAUGCGUAGCCAAUCUGAGUACGACGUCACGUACCAAGAGAACGGUGCUGAAGAUCAAUUAUCGGCUGUCUUACAUAGCGCGAUUCAAUAUGGAACCAAUCUACAGAACUCGCUCGACGACAUCAAAGACAAUACUAGGCGGCUGUUCUGGUGGACCUCUACUCUCGUCUGUAUCUGUCUCGGGCUCUUCCUCCUUGGCCAGCUUUUGCGCCUUCGUAAGGAGUUAAUUAAACUAGUCCGGUACCAAGAACAGUUCCACCGGAUGUGGUACGAAGACAGGGAAAUAGAGAUCGAAAGGAUAGAGGAGCAGAGGCGGGAGAGACAGCUCGAGGAGCGAAGGAGACAGGCGCGCUACGCCGCGCGCGGCAGAGCUAGCAGCUCGGACGUCGGGAGGGAUACGCGCAGAAGAACACCCAUGGGGUCGCCCCGGCUAAACAGCAUGGCAGAAGAGCCGUACGCGUCGACGUCGCAGUAUCAGAGGCUCUCGCCGUUCGGAUCCCAAGUCAACGCUGCGCUCGAUACUGCCCCGCUUCAGGGGGUGGACCGUGACGAAUGGGUGCGCAAGGUAGCGUCUAUGACUCAGGGUUUAAGGCGGGAACAUUACGAAAAGCGAAGUCAAGGAGAGGAGGAUGGGGACGAGGAGGAUAGUAUUUAUUCAUGAUCUUUUUUAGAGACAUGGAUUGUAGCGAAGGAACCCAGAACGGUAUUGUUUAAGGCGCAGCAUGGUCCGUACCUUAGGUUAGGCACAGGUAAUUUACCUUACAUUCUAGUAGGUUAGGAGGUACACAAUUGAGAUGAUCAUG